AUAAAUCUUUGGAUUAAAUUCAUCAAAUCUUCUUCAACAAAGAUCAUCAAAAAUCUUCUAAUCAACUUUUUCAUUUAGUUGUGAUUCUUUCAUCCAAUAAUAUAAUAAAAUAUCUUCGAAAAUGUUUCGAUUUAUCGUUGUUGCUUCAUUGAUCGCUUGCGCCACUGCCGGUGGUUAUGGUGGUGGUAGUUCAGGCGGAUAUGGUGGCGGACGUAGCAGUGGUGGUGGAGGAUAUGGUGGCGGACGAGGUGGUGGCUUCGGUGGCGGUAUCAGUUUCGGUCGCGGGGGUGGUGGUGGCGGUGGCGGACAAACUGUCCAAGCUGCUGUCAUUUCCAAUCAUCGUGUUGAAUUCCGUGAUGUUCCUUCAUCCGGUGGUGCUGCUCCAACUACCAUCGAAGUUGGUGCCAACGCUGUUCCAGUCAACCUUCUUUUCCGAAGUGCUUCAAGUAACUUAAACAUUCAACAAGCUCACGAUGGUGCUGGAGGUUCAGUUCAAGAAUCACAAUCCGAAGAUGAACCACAUAUUCUUCGACACUCAGUUACCAAACCAAUCAUCCAAGAAGUUCACGAAGUUAUCACACCACAACGACGAAUUACCCAAGAAAUUCAACCAGUUCAGGAAGAAAUCUUGACCGUUGUAUCUCGAGACCAAAGUGGUGGACGAGGUGGUGGUUUCGGUGGUGGUGCCUCCGGUUUCGGUGGUGGUGCUUCCGGUUUCGGUGGUGGACGUGGUUCAGGUUUCGGUGGAGGCCGUGGUGGUGGCGGUGGUGGUUAUGGUGGUGGUUCAUCAUCAAGAGGCGGUUAUUAGGAAAAAUGAUUAAUUGAUUGAUCAUCAAUGAGCUAAUAAUAUUGAAAAUCGUUCAAUAUGAAAAUGUUAUUUAUUUAUUUAAAUUAUUAUUUAAAAACAAAUUUUAUCAUCCAAAUAUCAAUCAACAAUGAAUUUGAUUGGAUUUUUCAAAUUUUGUUGUUGAUCCCACCCAUUUGAAUUGUACACCGAAUAAAAAAAAAUCACCAUUUUUUUGUCAUUAUAAAUCAUUGAUUUGAAAUUUAAUAAUAAAUUUUCCAUUGAUCCAAAUUGAAAA